UCUGAUGGAGUGUAGUGUUUACGUUUCUGCAAUUAAAGAAGUUUGUUGUAAGUGAUGGAUAUUGAGGAAAAUAGAGAAUAUCGUUCCGAACUUAUUAAAUUAGUUCACAAAAAUGAUAUUAUAUGGGAUAAGACGAAAAAAGUCCGCCUCAGUUAUGCGAAAAAAACGGCAAUCUGGAACUCAAUAGGAAAAGAGUUGGGUAAACCGGUUUUAAUUAAUAGUUUUGCAGGAGAACUAGUUCGUAAAAACUGGCAGUCCUUGCGUGAUCAAUACCGUAGAGAUCUGAAGAGACAAGUCGUCGACGGGAUUGAACCAUCAUGGGUGCAUUUCGAUGAUAUGUCUUUCAUUCGGAAAUUUUUGCGUCCUCGGCAAUUCAAAGCAUGUCCCGAUUUAGUAGAAAAGGAAAUUGUAAGAAAAGAAUGUCAUGAAAAAAAUAUUAAAACAAGGGGAUCACAUUCGAAGGUCUGUCGUACAUCAGGCAAUUUUAUGACUCAGAUCUUUCCCACAGCACAUGAUCAUUCAAAUGCAGCUUACAAGGAACAUCAAGAAAGUGGUAAUUCACCUUCACUAGUAAAUUCGGCAAUCCGUCUUCAUAGGCCAAUUAAAAUGAAAAUACACAAUGAGACGGUUGAAACAAUAAGAUACAAUGCUUCUAAGGGGCCACCGCAUGAUACUGCAAAUGAACUCUUAGUACCAAGGGCACACCUUCCGAAAAUUCGAAUCAGUAAUAUAUCUGCAAGAAACGAAAUGAAAAUGCGUCGGAAAAGGCGUGCAGUGAAGAAAAGCAGUGCAGCACAAUACUCAACACGAUCUAGAAGCAGUUCCAAUAUAAUAGAAGUAUGUAAUGAGUCUCUUACCCCAAAAAGAUGUAAUAUAAGGGAAAAUGUGCGUUGUAUAGAUAACGUUCGCUUCAAACAGACGCAUUCACAAUUGGAAAAUGGAGCAGAAUCCACACCUGGCAAUCAAUCACAACGAAUGCCACCUGUUAUUAACAAAACUUCGACAAACAUUCAAAUACCGGAAAUAGAAAUUAAAGACGAAGUCAUAAUAUUAGCAGAUGAAAACGACAAAGUUACGGACAUGGCUGCUACUUCGGAGAACUCCACAAAUAUAAUGGAACCCGAAUUUUCUAUAAAUGAAAAAAAUCCGGUAGAACUUACUAAGAAUACAAGUAUUUACAAAACAAGUAAAAGUAAAGAGAUAGGAAAGGAAACCACUGGUAAAGAGGAUGACGAUUAUCAUUUCGUGAUUAGUCUGUUGCCAACAUUGCGACGGAUUACUCAUGACCGCAAACUAAGAACACGGAUGGAAAUAAUGAAAGUUGUAAUGGAGGCGGCACAAAGCGAUAACACAUGAACAAGAUGUAUUAUAGAUAUAAGAAAGAUGGUCAAAUAA